AUCCAUCUCUGGUAUUCCAAUGUGUUUAUAUAUAUAACGUCUCAUAUAUUUAUUUAUGCCAUUAUUUUUAUGACCUUUACAUAAUUUUAACGUUUGUAAAGCUGUAAAUUCAUUCUUAUACGCACUCGGCGCGCGCGCGCGCGUGUGUGUGAUGAAGCUUGUAGUGAUGGCAGGCCUACGUGGAGCACAUGAACAAACGGGGCGGGCAGCGCGAGCACGAGCGCGAGCCAUGACAUCACUUUUCCUGCCUCGCGCUGCAUGCGAGCCCUAAACACGGCGAGACACGACGACCAAACAUCCGAGUCACACUCGGGAGAAACAUGUCUCCUCUCUGCGAGCUCCACCGUGCACUCAGAGGCGUCUCUUAGCGCGUUUGUCCGGGAUAUCUAACCCACCCGCGUAUCUCCGGAGCCGUUACACGUCAAGGUAAUGAUGAUGUCUGAGGAGACCCAACACCGAGCGCUCGAGGAGGACCUGGAGUCAGAGGAGGGGGAUCUGGAAUCAUAUUUGGAGGAGGAGAGCAGCAGCGAGCUCCUGGAGCGUGUCCGAGAGCUUCAAGCUGAGAACUCGGCCCUUUCCCUCGCCAACGAGAGCCAGAGAGAGGCUUAUGAAAGAUGCCUGGAUGAAGUAGCCAACCAUGUCGUCCAAGCCUUACUCAACCAAAAGGAUCUUCGGGAAGAGUGCAUAAAAUUGAAAAUGCGAGUGUUUGAUUUGGAGAGGCAGAACCGAACGCUGUGCGAACUCCUCCAAGAGAAACUGCACAAUCAGUCAUGUGUACAUCAGCAGACUGGGUCCUGCUUGGAACACAUUUCUGAACUCCAGCACACUGAUACAAGCAAACCGAUUGAAACUCAGAGGACUGCACAAUCUAAGGGAAAUGGAGAGUGUGCACAAACUUGCUUUCCUGAAACCCAAAGCUCCACCUCCUCCAUGGAUGCCUUAUCUCCUUUUCUGAAAAAGAAAGCACACAUUUUGGAGGUCCUGAGGAAGCUCGAGGAGACGGAUCCUCUACGCUACCAUCGUUCCUCCGGCAUCUCUUCCCUCUGUGAAUAUAGCCAAGCGCUGGUCUCUAAGGACACUGUAUUGGCUUGCAGAGACAACUCUCCCAGGUUUAACGUCACUAAAACGCAUUGUCCCCAUUCCUGUUCAGAUGUUUGUAUCGGUCUCAAUGGAGCAGAACACAAUAGUGUAAAGUGUGGAAGCUGUAACACGUGCCUGAUUCUGUCCAAUAAGGACUCGAUCAGUCUAGCCAACAGUAGCCACAAUUGCUGCACUUCAAAUGCCAUUACUAUAGACAACCUCAACCUGGCUCCGCCUGAAUUUCACAAGAACCAAGACUUGCAGAGCCACGUGAAGCCUACAACGGGUACUAGCGAACUCCUAGUAAUCAGGAAAUCUGCCCAAUUAUCUGUUCUUUCGACCGAAAAAGGUCUUGAUCCAUCCAGUGAACUUCUAUCAACAGAUGACCCUGACUCUUAUGCCAACAUGGCAGUUCCUGAAAGAGACCAUAACAGAGUGCCUGAUCAUGCACCAGCUAAUUCUCUUGCACUGUCCGAGAGAGAGACUCGAGAUAAGAAUCGAAUAUCAGAUGUUUUAUUGAACUCCCAGUUAUCACAAAGUGGCAACACUGCCAGUGAACAGACUAGUCAUGAGAGUAUGAAUGAUGCAAGUACUCUAGGAACAGACUUUAAGCACUUAAAAACCGUAGCAACGCAGAACCUUGAAAAAGUCACAGAUGCUGAAGAAUUUCUGCAGAAAGGUGAUAUUGAUGUCCAACCAGUCACCUGCAAGUUACCUAAUCUUGGUCUGACUGACAGCCUGCCAGACACAUGUAGUGAGGUAGAAAGUAGCGAACCUGUGCAUAAAGGGCUACUGUUUUCUCCCAGUGAGAAUCAUACAGCAUCAAAAGUACUAGAUGAUAUAUGUGUCCCUGUGAAGGACAGCACAUCACAAGACCUUCAGGUUGAUAGCUCUAAACUCGUGAACCCCAACCAGGUAUGCAUAAAAGAAGUCAAGUCCUCGCCUUCAAAACUGCUCAAGUUUCUCAAGAUUCCUACCAUCGGCGAGCGUACCCCAGUAGCCAAUCCUCCCCGUCUCAGCCCUCAGCUAACACGCAGCUCAAAAAUCCCUUGUCGCAGUAACAACUAUGAGGUGCACCAUUCACCGGUUGCUACCCGCAAAGCAACCACAGCAGAAAGGCAAAAGCAGCCACCGUGUCCCAAACCGGAGCCUUAUCCAUCCACACACUCUGCUCCAACCUCCCCACCCCUGUCUGAUGAUCCACCUCCAGUGGUGCCAAAAGAGCUGAACUGUGGCAUACCCAAAAGUAGUCGAGGAAGCAAACCUACACAAAGUGCUCCCUCGCAAAAGACACCACAGAAAAUACCACACUACGAAAAUAUUCCUAAUCUGUCUAAUGCCAGUGGCUCAGAUAUAUCCCAGGUUCUCGGGGAGGUCAGUUCUGCCCUCCGUUAUGUUAGCUCUAACACAGAAAAAGUUAAAGGGAAGAUAGGAAGCCUCGGUCUAGAGAGGCCCACGAGUUUCAAAUCUCAAAACACUUCACUAGGUUCUGACUUCUCAGACCAAGAAGAGAGCCCAGACAGUCCUGUAUGGCAUAAGCAGGCCAACCACCGCAGUUUGCCUAGUCAGUCAUCUUCACAGAAGUCACAGAUGAGUGGCAUGAGGUCCAGAAGCCAAGAGAAAAACGAGACCGUGAAAGACCACAUGCCAAGUGCAGGAUCACCCUGCAAAAAAACCGAUCCACCACCCAUUCCCAAGAAGACUGGUGUAGGUAGACACUCGGGUGAAUCCAGCCAUUCGUUUAAAGAAAGGCUAGCUGCACUUGGUAAGCUAAGGAACCCAGAAGAAUCGGCGUGCUCCCAGGCGACGGAGAAAAAAGAAAUACCUCCACGAACCGGUGACAAAAACAAAGCUGCUGACAUCAAACCUGAAGAACAUAAAGCUUUAAAAAGUACAGAUUCCAUUGAAGAAAAAGCAUUUGUUGCAGGUCAUGUGGACAGCACUGUCUCAAAGCUUUCUGAUCAAGGCAUCAAAUUAGUACCUGCAAGCUCUACAAUCUCUAAGAUGGAAAGUGAAUCAUCUAGAAUGUCCCUUGCAAAACCAGAAAGCCCUAAAUCUAAAAUGCCUGCGCUGUCUAGCAACUUAGAAGCUGCACAAGCUUUGCGUAGCUAUGCUAAAAAUGCAACACCACAUAGUCUUUCAUACAGUGGGAAAAACCUUUCCAGUCCCCACAGUAGCAGCCCUAACAGGAUUUCUUUAAAAUCUCCCACUAAAACCAUACCACCGUCUUUGAAUCGAGAUGGAAAACCAACCCAGGAGCUUCCAAGGUACUUGUCCAAAUCAGAAGACCGAAGCCAAUCCCGAGCCAGUAAGAAGACAAACUCAUUCGGGGAGAGCCUUCCUCCUCCACCUCCAAGGCCUACAGAGGCAGCUGAAGAAAAGCGACACUCCGCACCAAGCCCUCAGUCCUCCAUUGAGCAAAAGGUCAUGAAAGGCAUUGAGGAAAAUAUGCUAAAGCUUCAAGAACAGGACAAGAGUCAAACACCUGAAAUUAAACAGAAGGCUUCCAGCGGAAUUGCCAACUGGUUCGGUUUGCGGAAAAGUAAGCUGCCAGCUCUUAAUCGGAAACCCGAAGCUACAAAAGGCAAAGAUGAUAAGAGAGAAUGGAAACUCAAUAUAUCCUCAGGGGGAAAGGAUUCUAAAGUGGCUACUAAAAAGCCAGAGAGCGAGAGCUUGAACAUAUCCAUGUUAAUGGAAAAAGCAGAGGGGCUACACAAAGCCCUGGAAGAGGAACGUGCCUACGUGAAGGGCGUUGCUAUGGACCGACAAGGAAAGGGACAUUCCUGUGAGGUGGUGAUGGACCAAGCUCAGGGGCAGCUGUCUGUAAUGUACAGGGGUGUGCCAUCAGACAACUUCAUGCAGCAGCUGCUUAACCGGGUCGAUGGAAAGGAUGUCGGAGGUAUCGGCGUGGCUCAUCGACGCUUGUCUUUUGAUUAUAAAACUAGGCCUGUCUUCAGCCAUCAUGGCACAAGUGGUAUUUGUCAGACAAGAAGUAGUGAAGACAUGGAAAAGGCUGCAUCUUUAAUGACUAAAGUGGAUGGGGUGUCUGAUGAGAACCUGGCCGAUUCAAUUCACCACGAGCACUUUGCAGGCUCUGGAAUUUCCACACACACCCUGGACAGUGGUAUUGGCACAUUUCCUCUUCCUGACUAUAGUGUGAACGCUGGAUGUAAAAGUGUCCCCAAAGGAAAGGCCCAAGGGGAGAACGAUCCUACUUUUGUUCAGGGAAGACAUGGCUCAGGAGUUAAAAUUCCUCACAAGGCCUGGACUUUGGAAAGAGAGCUAUCGUCUUUAGAGGAAGAUUACAUCAUGGGGCAGGAAAUGGACAGAACCCCACUGGAAGGCAUGCUUGCACCCAGCCAAGUUGCCGACAUGGGUCAAGAAGGGGCCGAUGUCUGUGGCGGACCCGUAAGAUCUGGCUCCAUGAAGAACUGGACAUUUCCCAACCUCAAAGGAUCAACAGAGCCGUCUGAUGUUUAUCUUGGAGUAGAAGAGGCCUUAGAUUCAGUGAACCAGAAGAGCUCAUUUAGGAGGCGCUCGAAGACUAGUGACGUCCCAUUCAGGCGUGACAGCGACCCCAGAAGUCUCCAGCAGCCGACUCCGGUGCGCAGAGGAAAGGGACGUGCUGCAGUCAACCCAGACCUGGGAAGAGAACCUGGGUUAGAGCUGGUGAGAGAGAGGCCUGAUGACACACUUUCCCCUAGCCACCCCCAGGUCCUAGAGACCCCUGAAUCCCUCAGCGACUCUCUCUAUGACAGCCUGUCCUCCUGCGGUAGCCAGGGCUGAGAGGGAGCGCCAGUAGCUGAGAGGUUAGGAAUUAACUGACUAUCAGGUACCAACGUUUUUUUUUGUUUGUUUGUUUGUGGGUUUUUUUUUUACACCUUAAUGCUGUUUGUUUUUUUUUUUUUUGGUGGACACUCACAAGACAGCACACUUUUGGCACCAGAAGACACCCACUAUGUUUUCCUGCAAGAAAUCACCUUUUUACCUGAGAAUUUUUACUGGACAGAAGCCAACGAAGCGUAAAAAACGCGUUUGAGGGAUUUCUAUGCUUGUGUCAUGAAUUUAAACCAGUCUUUACACCGCAUUCAUUCUGAUUUCUGAUUCAGGUUGUAGCAGAGUAGACACGUCAGUGAAUUGUUUGUAACGAUUAAAUGCUCAAAAGUCUUCCAUUUAAAAAAAAAAAAAAAAAAUCACAAAAUCUCUGAAUGUUCUCAGUUGUCUACAUGUACAUCAGCGCACAUCUUUCAUUAGCAUAGUUGUGUAAAGUUAUUGCAAAGUGAAACGUGUAUGUUUUUUUUUUGUUUGUUUGUUUUUUUGUUCCUUAUUUAAUAUGCAUAUUUUAUGUACAACAGUAAAAAAAAAUUCAUCAGUGUACAAUUUGAAUUAGACACUGACAUCCUUCGAGUUCAUUCUAUGUUAGGUGUCAAAAACUUGUAGCAAUAAUAAGAGUACUAUCCGUGAGCGAUAGCGCUACAGCGUUUUAUAGUGAAUUUUACUUUGCAUGUAUUUAUUUAAUUUUUCUUUUCGAGAGUGUGGUAAGACAAGACCACAUUUUGCUGGUUACUUAUUUUUUAGCAUUUGUCGCUUGAUUUUCUGUGCCAGGUUGUGUACGUUUAUGUUUGUCACUAUGAAGUCCUCAACAGGGCAUUUCACUUAAAUAUAUAUAUCUUAGUUUGGAUACUUAACUUAAUCAGGUUACAUAACAGGUCAUGUUCGUUCUUAUCAGAUAGUCUUGUUCUUGGUCUUAGGUUACACGCCUGGUAAAAUUCCGGCUUUCCGAAACGCCCUUUAAGUUGAUUAUUCGUUUCUAAACGUUCAGUGUUCUGUAUAAGUGUUUAUUCUGUGGUGUCGUCUUGUCAGACGACAUCCUCGUGUUUCGUACGCGUUUGCGAUUUAACCCACCACCAUAAACGAAGUUUUCCCAACACCGUGUGUGGACAUGUGACAACUUCAUACCACCCUGUGACAUCCCUGUCAGGUUGUGUAAACAUCGCCAUGACCCUCGUGUUAAAUAUACGGAUAUUUCCAGUCAACCGAUUUCCCUUCUGUUUGACACUCAUUUUAACGAGGAUUAUUAUACCGUUAGCGCAAAACCACAUCAUUUCUAUCUUUGAGUUGUGAAGUAUUCUUAAACGACUCGAUGACUCGAUUGAAAAUUGAGACUUUGGUCUGGAAAUGAUUGGAUUUUAUUCAAACAAACAAAACAUACCCAAUUAUCCUCAAACAUGUCAUUAAGGUCAUGUCAUGUCUUCAUGACGCCAAGCUCUCUCUCUCUCCGUUAAGAUCCCUCAGAUUGGAUUUUCUCUUCUCGUGUAAUAGAUUCCUAUGUUUCCUGUACAACCUAUUCCAUUUCUUUUGACAAUUUGUUUUGUUGUCAUUUUCAGGACUAUUUUAUAUUAGUUUGCUAUGUUUACAAAAGAAUUUAUGAUGAAGCUGUUAAUAUAUCUGUAAACUUUUUAUAUUAAGGUGCUAUCGGAUGUUUUUUCCACUCAUCUCUACAAAAGCCAUAAAUCUGUUUUUCAUAAUCAUCUUUUUAAGCAAUUGCCAUCACUCAUGCAAUUAAAUAAAAAUGUUUUUA